CUGAUGCCUGCUGACUGAUGUGGCAGCAGAAUAACCUAGGCAGUCGGCCUGCGGCUACUCGUACAUACAUAGGAGGGAAACAAUAAUGCAAACGCUGCACAGCGCGGUCGGAAAGUCCGUCCUCCGCGCAUCCAUCCAUCUACCUAAAGUACACACCUCGGAGUGGAUUUUAGGGCGUUAAUCCCGCGGCUUAGGGCCGUCGCCUCCCACCGCCGCCGCCGAGUGCUUAUAUAUACGCGAUGGAGCCCGCCCGCCCCUGUUGUUGUUAUUGGUGUGCCUGGCUCGCGUGCGUGGUGACGAAAAAAUAACAAAAAACAAAAAAUAAGAAAAAAACAAGCCCAGCCAAGCAUCGCCAAGCUCUCGCCAUGGCUGACGGUCUCGAGCGCGCCCGCUCCCGCCCUAGUCGCCCUUCGAGCCUCGAUCUGCAGCGCCUCUACUCGGCCCAACACCUCGACGACACGGGCCUGUACCACCACGACCACGGCGCCGGCGCGGACGACGACGACCAAAUUGAAGAGGAGGAGGCAGGACAUGGCAGCAGCAGCAGCUCCUCGGCGCACACGGUGACGGCCGAGUCGGAGGAGAACGAGAAGGACGGCGUCGCCGAGGUCAGAGACGGCAUCCCCGACGAGCGCGACCCCGAACAACCCAUCGAAAAAGUGCGCACGGCGCGCUCGGCCCGCGACCCCAACGUCAUCUCCUUUGGCAGCGACGACCCCGAAAACCCCAAGAACUGGCCCAUCGGCCGCAAAUGGGCAGCGUGCAUCACCGUGUCGUUCUUCACCUUCAUCUCGCCCGUGUCGUCGUCCAUGGUCGCGCCGGCACUGAGCACCAUCGCGCGCGACUUCGGCGUAACCUCCGAGAUCGAAACCGCGCUGAUGCUGUCCAUCUUCGUGCUGGCGUACGCGAUCGGCCCGCUCUUCCUAGGCCCGAUGUCCGAGCUGUACGGGCGCGUGUACGUGCUGCAGCUGGCGAACCUGUGGUUCCUCGCCUGGAACAUCGGGUGCGGCUUCGCAGCGACGAAAGGGCAAAUGAUGGCGUUCCGGUUCCUGGCGGGGCUGGGGGGCUCGGCGCCGCUCGCCAUCGGCGGCGGCGUCCUGUCGGACAUGUUCCGCCCCGAGGAGCGCGGCAAGGCCAUCAGCGUGUACAGUCUUGCGCCGCUGAUCGGGCCCGCCGUUGGCCCCAUUGCCGGCGGCUUCAUCACCAUGCGCACGACGUGGCGGUGGACGUUCUGGGCCACCAGCAUCGCCGACGCCGUCAUCCAGGUUGUCGGGCUGCUGUAUUUGCAAGAGACGUACGCGCCUGUCCUGCUGAAGCGCAAGGCUGCGAAGCUAAGGCGUGAGACCGGGAAUGAGAAGCUCAGGACUGAGUUCGACUCGGAGAAGACGCUGGGCAACGUGCUAAGAACGGCGUUUUUCCGCCCGUUUAGGCUGCUCGGCACGCAGUUGAUUAUCCAGGCCCUGGCCGUGUACAUGGCAUUCCUCUACGGGCUCAUGUACCUAGUCCUCUCGACCUUCCCCACGCUCUGGACCGGCACGUACAACGAAAGCACCGGCAUCUCCGGGCUGAACUACAUCGCGCUCGGGCUCGGCUUCUUCCUGGGCACGCAAAUAUGCGCCCCGGUCAACGACCGCAUCUACCGGCGCCUCAAAGCGCGCAACAACAACACGGGGCGCCCCGAAUUCCGCGUCCCGCUCAUGGUGCCGGGCUCGUUCCUCGUGCCCAUCGGGCUGUUCUGGUACGGGUGGAGCGCCGACGCAAAAGUGCACUGGAUCAUGCCGGACAUUGGGGCGGCCAUCUUCGCUGCAGGCGUCAUUAUCUGCUUUCAGUGCAUCCAGACGUACCUGGUGGAUAGCUACCAACGGUUUGCGGCCAGCGCGGUUAGUGCUGCGACGGUAUUGAGGAGUCUGGCGGGUUUCGGAUUUCCGCUUUUUGCGCCCUAUAUGUAUCAGGCCCUGGGCAAUGGCUGGGGGAAUAGCUUGCUGGGGUUUGUGGCGCUGGCGUUGGGUCUGCCGGCCCCGUUUUUGCUGUGGAAGUAUGGCGCCGCGUUGAGGGCGAAGAGCAAGUUUGCGGCGGGGCCGUGAGGGGCGGUGGGUUGGGAUGUGGCGGGAGGGAGAACGAGGUGGGACGGGGAGGGGGAUGGAUGGGAAAAUGAAGAAUGAAAACGAAGAGACGUGACCUAGAGACAAAAGAAAAGAAAGAAAGAAAGAAAGAGGAGGAGAGGAACACACACACACACACAAAAACGAACAG